UUCUUGAUGAAUUGAGGAGCGUGAAGACACAGUCGCUGUUUCACACUUGUUAAUUGCCAUGGUUUGAAUAAUUAUAGCAUAAUUUAUUUUUCGGCUGUUGUGCCAGUGCCGUUUUUUGUCUACGGUCUUAAUAAGCACCCUUAAUACCUAGGAAGAGUAAACCAUAGACAUGGCCUCAGUCAUAAUUUUUUUUUUCUGGCUACGGCCCUGUAUGCAGUAAUCAGCCAGCCAAAAUAAUUGGUUAUAUUUUUAAAAAGAAGUAAGUGCUUAGACCUUUUUCAAUUUCAACUUUCUAAAUUCCCGUUCUUUAAGUUGACACUUAGCUAAUUUUCAUUGCCACCCGCUACAGCAUCUUAACAACCAACCACUUCAUUCAACGCUGUCAAUAUAUGAGAACCACCCAUUAGGCUGAUGACAUUACUCAGUUUAAACACAAGAACAUCUGCUGUCAAAUUAAAGGCAGAAACUUGCUGAAACUCCCUGAGACUCUCAAUUUAUCAUCCAGAAGAUGAUGGCUUCUUCACUGGAGAUUCAGUUGAAGCAUAAAUUUGCAAUCAACCUUUACAUCAUUUGUAUUUCACUUGGAAUCAUUUCCUCGAUAUGUUGUGGUUGCUUUGACGAUGAAUGUCGCAACAUCAUAUUCAAAGAACCAGUUGCAAACAAGGCAAUGAAGAACCACGUGAUUAAGAGUGAGGAGGUGCCCAGUGAAGGGAGCUGUCGCUUGAUGUGCUAUAUGGAGCCCAAUUGUGUGUCCAUCAAUUUAGGAGCAUUGGAGGAAGGAAAACACAAAUGCGAGUUAAACAACGCUACAGAUGAAAACCAGUUUGCAAAUUCUCUUGUAAAUAAACCGGCUCUUACCUAUCUUGCUAUCGAGAAUCUCUGUAGCAGCAACCCAUGUUUGAACAAUGGAACCUGUCAAGCUGGAUUCACCAGUAAAGGAUAUCGUUGUAUCUGUCGCCCUGGAUUCACAGGAACGAACUGUCGUAAAGAUUGA